AUGGGUUUAAUGGAGGAACUGGUGGCGUGCUGUAACCUACCGCACGCGGGAUACCCUAACAAUGUGGAUCUGAUGGAGCGGGCGCGUCGGUGCACGGCGCUGGAGGCCGAGAUCCUGAACAACCUGCCAAAUCACCUUGAUGACACUGACGCAGAGCAUUUCAUUGGCCUCUAUGGCUUCGAGCAUGUCGCCGAUCGCUUAGAGAGACUGGGCCUCACUGUCGUCGGCGCUGGUGACGGCUACACUUUGACGGAGAUCAGUAAGCUACGCAUCUUCCCCAUGGCCCAACAGUCGAUCUGCCUGAAGUUGGUCUUCCUCGAGGAUGCCCUGCGGGCCCUCAAGAAGAACUGCGACGCGCGCAUGCGACUCGAGACAGAAGGCGUAAUCCGCAACCUGGGCCUGCUCUUCCGGGGGAUCGAGCCCCUCCAGAAAGUCGGCAAGGAGGUGCACUCUCGCCUGAAGGACCUCGAAGAGGAGGUGAAUUCAAGAAUGGUGAAGAAGUCGGAGGCCGAUCAGCGCGGGGACAGCAUAUGGGAAGACUUUUGGCUGCUAAGCCGCAACGAGCGCGGUGAGCAAUUCCGCGCGGACGCACUGCGGGGACUCCAGGCCAGGUAUCCCAGGGCUGAUCUGGAUCUCUGCGAACGGAUCGCGCACCGAAUGAGCGCCUGCUGGAAGCUCCUUAGCUUCCGCUUGCAAGAUAAUCGGCUAGGGUGUCACACGGUGAAUCCUGCCAUUCUUGGGCCCCAGCAGCAGCAGCAGCGGCAGCAGCUUCUCUUGCCUCCUCCGCCACAGCCCCCUGCUGAUGCGACAGAGCACAUAUGCCCCUACUGUAGUGACGUGCUGCCCGUCUCGGUGUACCAGACCCCAGCCAUGUGGCAGCACCACGUGCUUUACGACUAUUCGCCAUACAUCUGCCUGGCGAAGGAGUGUUGGGGGAAUGCCACGUUCGCCCGCCUGGACGACUGGGUCAACCAUAUGCGGGGGCACGGCGGGCACUGGGAAUGCAGCGCGCCAGGGUGUGAGCAGGACACAGUCUCCUUCGGACCACACGAGAGCGACAAAGUCCAUAGGCAUGCGCAGUUGGUCCAUGGCUGGGAUAAGCUGCCAGCCACCGCACUCACCAAGGUCCCGGCGGCCCGACUGGAGUUCACCGAGUGUCCCCUCUGCAAGGAACCGUUUUCGGGCGACGGCCCGGAGGAGGCCAUCAAGUGGCAUCUGGCGGCGCAUGUCGAGACGGAGAUGCUGUCGAUCCGGCCGUUGGUCUCCUAUGCCCAGACGCAUUCCGGGUAG